AGACAUGGGAAUCGGCAUUGAUUGAUGAUCUGUGUAUUUUUAAGUUCUUAACUCUUUUGCCUAGUGGAUGAGAUUGCAAUAAUUUUUGAGAAAAUCUUUUGAGUUAGAAUGCCUCCAAAACACAAGAAGAAAAAGGAUUCUUUUAAACAGUUGUCAAAGUUGAGUGGGGGUCCAUCACAGGAUAAUCCCUUUAUCACACACCUAGGGGACGGUGACCCUAAUCUACAGCCCCACCCCCAGCACCUUCUUAGAUCCUCCACCCCCGACGAGAAGCAGACCCUCCAGCUGGUAAUCCCGGAACUUGACUAUUCAGGGACAGCGGAGCAUUCACUCAACAACUCAGGCAGCAACAAGGAAUAUAACCACUCAGAAACCAAGGAAGUUGAUACAAAAGAACCAGUUCCUGAGCCCGAACCCCCCGCCACUGUAGAAGAACCACUUAGACCUCAAUCCAGGCAUUCAUUUGUUACCUCAAGGAGUUUCCUCAAGGAAAAGACUUCACCCUCCACAAAACCAUUUAACAAACAAGUGUAUUUUGUGUCUUCAAGUUCUGAACCUCAUUUGCGACCAGAGAGUCGCUGCACAAACGUGACAGACAAACCGAUCGUAACUCCCAUAGUGGAGAAUCCAUAUGCUCGAGUGGACUCGGGCUACUCGAGUCGUUACAGCCACAGGAGCUAUAGUGCAGGUUCUGUACGCAAGGUUACUCCCAGCCCCAACAAAAUGAGCUACGGAAUGACCGAGCAUUACUCAAAUACUCACGUCCAGCAACCGUGCAAUCGCACACAGGAACGCGAGGAGUUACAGCGGAUUAACGACCGCUUCACGGCGUACAUCUCAAAGGUCCGUCAUCUCCGAGAACAGAGUGGACACCAAGUGGACGCCACAUCUUUCAUUAAGUCUACGAAGGUCUUAGAGGAUGAGCUGGCCACCCUGAAGGAUCUAUAUGAACGAGAACUGGACAAUGUUAGGAAACAAUUGGAAGAUGUCACAAAAGAAAGGAACUCGUAUCAAAUGCAGUAUAACAAGAGUAAACAGUUUGCCUUAGAUCUAGAGAGCAGAUUAAUGGUGGAAACAGAGAAAAAUAGGAAACUAAUGGAGGAAGUUAACAUCAGUCAUAAACGAAUCCAGUCGUUAGAAAACGAAGUUUCAGAAACCAGGAGGAGUUCAGGGCGACCGUUCGAUGACAUCAACACUUUGACCAGAGACACUGAAAAAAUGGCAAGGGAGAUUGAGACCCUGAAGCGCAGAUACGAGAAGGAGCAGCUGAUGAGACAGGAAGCGGAAGAGAAGGCGCACCUAAUGUCCCAAAAGAUGGAGUUUGAUAAUCAAGUUCAGGGCCAGCAGAUCAGAGAAAUGAGAGAACGACUGGAGAACGCCAACGCUACCAUACUCAGUCUGGAGACCCGCAUCCGACAGUACGGGAAAUCCGACACAUCCAUGUCGGCCCUGCUCCAGCAGGUCAGGGAAUCUGCAGAGGAGGAAAUGGCCCGAUUCAAGGCCGAGCUGGAGGAAAACUACAACAGAAAUAUAACUGCAUUGAAAACUCAAAUGGAAAAUGAUGCCAAAACAUUUGAUAGACUAAAUACAGAGAAAUCUCAGAUCUUAGGGCAAAUUGUGGAACUUAAAGCUAAGAUUACUUCCCUAGAAGGACAGAUUCAGAACCUGAACCACCAGAAGCAGUCCCUAGAGGAGAUGGUGGCCCAGGAGAGAGGGCGGGCCACAGAACAGGUGGCAGCCAUGUCACAGAAACUUAAGGACGUACAGGACAUGCUGUUUGUAAAGCUAAGGGAGGCAAGCCAGACACACGACUGUCACAUGCCACUCAAGGCAGAGAUCAGUGCCUUGAAAGCUCUUCUGGAGGAGGAGGAAAAAAGGUUGCAAGUACCAUCCGAGGAGGUCACAAACACUAUGUCCUAUAGCUCCCCCACUCAAGGUUAUAGCUCCCCCACUCAAGCUUAUACGUCCACCACUCAAGCAGACACUGCCGCUGUCACCUGUGCAGAAACGAUGACCUAUGCCCCUCCACCUGCUGUGUCCAUGACCGCCUACACCCAGCCGUCUGCCCCUCCCAUGUCCCCCUCCUUCGCACCACUGACCGCCCCAAAUCUGACCAACGAGUACAUUCCUCAGUAUGACCCCGUGACCUCAGAAGAGUUGGACGCAGCCGGUGUGGGGCUGGAGUAUUUUGGGGGAGGGACUCGAUAUACAUACCAGACAACGCCCAGUUACAACAAACUGCAGAUUGAGCCCUCACCCCCCACCACCCCUCGGCCUGUGGGGCCAGUGAUGAGAGCCAAGUCUGCCCCAGCUGGGGCUCAUGUCAGAGGUCAGAACGUCCCUCUUAUUCCCACCAGCAUGGGUCAAGGUCAGGAUUACUUUGACGAGAUGUUCCGUGACCUUGCCCGGGAGACCUUGUACACCGCCCCCUCCCCGCCCCCACAGAAACAGCAGAGGAGUAAAUCAAGCAUGGAGAAGUAUCAGAGUUCAGUGUACCAUGACUACAACACUGCCACAUCCAGUCGUUCCGAGACCCCCGAGUAUCCACAACACUUACUGCCCAAGGACGCUCUUGUAUUUAGUGCUGUUGGGGAUAUCAAAAUUCUAGAAGUCAAUCAAGAAGGGAAAUAUGUGCGAUUAAUGAAUGAGAGCAAACAGGAGGCAGAGUUUGGAGGUUACAUGAUACAACAAAAUGUGGGAGGGCAUCCCGUGGCUGUGUACCGAUUUCCUCCCAGGACGAAGUUCCCCCCAAACUGUACCCUCACGGUGUGGGCGGGAACAAAUGACCCCAUUCUACACCAACCCCCCUCAGAUUAUGUUUGGAAAGAGCAGCAGAAAUGGGGUACAGGACCAGAGUGCACGACCAUUCUGUGUAAACCCAAUGGGCAGGCAAUAGCUUGGACCACAGCUGCACAUAGAUUCACAAAAAAUGCAUUUGAGGAGCCCUCACCCACUGCCCAACCUGUGGUGGCAGAUGAAGCCAUUCCCGAUGAUCAGAAUAUAGACACAGACAGUCUAACAGAGAUGACAGUCAACAUCAAUGAACCAAAACCAGACUCAGUGUACCUCAAAAGGGAGAAACAGCAACCUAACGUGUUAACCCCUCAGAAGCACCCCCAUGGUACCUCCCCGGGGAAAGAAAUCCACCCCCACACAGGUCAGCCCCGCCCCUAUACGUACGGGAAUGACAACAGCAGUGUGAACCGACAGUCCAGAUCACAGACAACACGGCCUGACCCAGUCAAUGGUCAGCCUUAUGCAGGGUCGGCCCAGAAGAUGGGUAGUGCUCCACUGAAACGUUACACCCCCACCAAUAUACGAGGGAAUGGCUGUAUUGUUAACAAAGCAGAUGUAGGUAAAACUUCAAGUCCACCUAACCCUUUCAUGUCACCGCAUGUCAAGUUUCAGACAGGCCUAGAUCAGAUCCGCUCCCAGCACAAUGAGGACUUCAUGCCUCCCAUGCCCCGCCCACCUCUCUUCUCAUCAUGGUAGCUCCGCCUACUUUCUGUUUAGCUCCUCCUACUCUUAAUUUUUGUGUGUCCAAUCUGUGAUGGAUUGAUGAAUGUGUGAAUGUUUUCUGCAAGGGAAGUUGGAUUUGAUACAGCCUGGGAAACAAUGACUUUCAGCAUUAGGGUGGUAUAGUGGAGUCUGGAACUUACUUUUUUCAAACAUUUUGCAAUUUUUAAUUAGAAAUAAAGCAAAUGAAAAACAGCAGGAGGGAUAAAACUGAUGGUUUGAAUUUCUGUCCUUUUUCUUUGUGCCAAUUGAGGUGGGUGGGAUUCAUGCCACAUUUACAUUUAGCUUACAUUUUCUCUAGUAUAUAUGUUGAAGAAAAACACUUUUUUCUUGAGUGUUUGAACACAAGCUAUGCAGAGUUCAUCAAUUUCAAUUUUUUUAAAAUUAUGAAAUACAUAUUAAUAGAUACUGUAGUAUCAUCAAAUUAAAUCAUAGGUGAAUAAUGUUUGACUGAUUUUGUUGUUCUGUGUAUUUUUAAAAGUAUUAUUUCUUUUGUUUUUGUUUUUUUUAUUUGAAUGUUUUUUAGUUUAUAUUAGAAAAUGCCAGGCAUGCAUGGAAAGCAGGGGUAUGUGUUUCAUUGUGACAUUUCUAGCCUGAAUAUUUGCUCAGAUUUCCCCCGAUAAAUUGAUUCAACAGGGUCUGUUUUGCUUGUCUUAAUGCUAACAAAACACAGAAAUUUUGCUCUAUUCCAGUUUAUUGUUAUAUAAAUGCUUUUCAUCCUUUGUUGUUUUUUUAACUACAGUCAAACCUCUUUAUGUCAACCUCCAGGGAAAAUUGAGAUUUCAGAGGAUUUGAGUUGUUUUUUGCUUAUUUAAAGAAAAAUUGGUUGAUACCUUCCAGUAUAAUUUGAAAUAGACAUGAAUUUCAAGUCUCCAAAGUUCACCUGUAUGUUAAUAGUUUAAACAGAGGUAUUUUGAUGUUUUCUUGAACAUAUUUUAAUUGCAAAGUGAUAAUGAAACAAUGAAGACUCCUUGAUAUUAAUUUUAAGGAAAUUAAUUUUAGUUGCAACAAUUUACUUUAUUUGUAACCUUACAUGGAAAUAAAGUUUGUCUGAAAAUGAUGUAUUUAUGCCAUACAUUAAUUGAUGAUCUAAUUACCCAGGACACAGAGCUUGCACUAAUUAUCGCAAACAUGCACAUGGAAAAAUAGGGAGCUGUAUUUAUGUGUCUUGUCUAUUAUGCAUAAUGAUUAUGAAAAUUUAUUUUUAUACAUGUAAAAAUGCUUAGUACUUGUAAUCCAUUUUUCUGUGAUAGAAACUCAAUGCCAUAUAUUUUAUCUGCUGAAAUUUUUGCUGCCUUUCAGGGCUUUGAUGUCAACAGAGUUUAUGACUUAUUAACUAGUUUUGCUAAGAUUUUUUUCCACCUCAGAAUAUGGAACUACAUGUAGCAUGUAUGAUAUUUUUGUUAUUGGGAAUGCAUUGUUUUGUAUUGAACUGUGAUUUAAGAAUUCAUUUUUAAAUGAAUGACCCAAAAAAUCAAAGAGUAAAUUUGACUUUCCAGCCAUGUUCGAGAUAAGGAGAAACCCCAAGUUUGAGAGGCUACCUGAUAGUCGGGUUUUACUGUAUUAUCUUUGGUCUGAAUCAAGCGUUUGUGAUGCUGAAUGUAUCUUAUGUAGUCUGCGCUGUAUCAAAUGUUUUAUUUUGUCUUUUACUGCUUGUUCCAUCCAUGAUUGUUAUCUGUGAUAAUUAUGUUAUAUUUUUAUUAUAUAUUCAAAUUAUAGAAAUGACUAGACCACAUUUAACAAAUUUUUGCUAAUUUU